AUGUAGGCUCGUAUUCAACAGCUAUCUAAACAUAUUCCAGACAAGCGAAUUCACAACUAUGCUUUUUCCACACAAGCCGUCAUUGGAAGAGGCUCCUAUGGAGUAGUCUAUAUCGGUAGAAAUAUAGAUUCAGGGUAAAUUGUUGCCAUUAAAGCAAUCGCCUUCUAACAAUAUUCCUCAGAGAAUCAAACAUUAUUACAAAAAGAAAUUGAUAUAAUGAAAGACUUGGACUGUCCCAAUAUAGUUAGACUUAUCGAUGUAAUUACAACGGCUAAUAAUUGUUAUAUAAUUUCGGAACUGUGUACCGGAGGAGACUUAAAAGAAUACAUGAAAAGAUCAGGACCAAUUGAGGAAUCAGCUGCUACUAAAAUAUUGAUAUAAAUAUUGCGGGGGAUUCUUUAAUCAUUUAAAAGAGGAAUCAUACAUAGAGAUCUUAAACCAGCCAACAUCUUAGUGGCCAACAAUAACAUAUUCAAGAUAGCCGACUUUGGAUUUGCCAAACGAUUCGAUAAAUUAGAUGAAGAUUUGAUGACAUCCCUAGUUGGAACUCCCCUCUACAUGUCUCCACAAGUAUUACUUAGAAGAUAAUACACUUCCAAAUGCGAUGUAUGGUCUAUAGGCUUAAUAUUCUACGAAAUGAUAGAAGGCAAAACACCUUGGAAUGUUAGAGACAUUCUAGAUUUAGUUAAUAAACAGAGAAAUUAAAAAAUUGCUUUUUCAAAAAAAAUUUCUAAAUCAGCUUAAUAAUUCAUCACUGGGUGUUUAGCUUACGAAGAAAAUAAUAGAUUUGGGUGGGAAUAAGUCUUUACUCAUCCUUUAUUUGAAAAUGCAUUUGAGAGACAACCAAAAAAGGAGACAUAAUAAUAAUCUUAACCUCAAACUUAAAAUCCAUAACCAUAACCUUAAGUUUAAUAAUUAUAUUAAUAAACAUAAUAGCCUGCAUAAAAUCAUCCACAAAAUUAAACUUAGUAAGUAUCUUAAAAUAAGAACACUUCAAAGUAGUAACAAGCUUCAAUGCAUUAACAAUAAAUUUAAUAAGUUUUCUCUUAAACUUAACCCCUGUAAUAGUUAUAAUAACAGAUUCCAAACUAAUAAUAAAAGCCAAUAAUACAACCUACUUAACCAUAACUACAAUAAUAGUUUGCAAAUACUUCAAAUUUAACUCCCCAAGAGGCUAAAUAAAACAAGUCAAUGCAAAUAAUCCCUAAUGUAAGUCCUACAGAUGAUAAAAUUAAACGAAAUACAAUAUCUCCUCUGUAAUUACACGUUGAUAAUCGAUAAGUUUAGCUGAUUAAAGGUAAGCAUUAUUUGAAAACUCAUGCUUCCCCCCAAAAUGAUGAGGAAAACAAAAAUAAUAUCUCCAACUAAAAAAUAUAAAAUUGUCAAACACAGCCUAAUACUUAGAAGAAAGAUAGAACUGUGAGUGUAGUUCAUCAUAAAGUUGAAUCUUAGCAGACUACUAGCAGAUAUAGUGACAAUAAGUAAUGCAGGGAAGAUUAAUUCAAAUCUGAAAGAAAUUAUUGUCCUCCAAAGCAUCUUUACUAAAAUUCAGAGCCAAAGUUCCUAUUUCAUAGAUAAUCUUCUGAAAAUGAUGAAUUCACUAUCAACAGAAUGCUUAUUUAAAAUUAGAUAGAAUUUUUGUUGUUUCUGAAAAAACUUAGAGAACAAUUACUUGAGUUCUAUGGCAACAAUUCAAUUUAAGCAUCAACAGUUGAAAAAUUAUCCUUUAUUCUUUUGAAAAAUGUUAUGAUCAAAACUACAGAUAUAAAAACUAAUCUUGUUGAUAAAUAAAUCAAUAUAUUAGAUUUAAGAGAUUUUGAACAUUUUAGAAUGACAGAAUCUUUUCGAAAUUUAGAAAAAUGCAUUUUAGAAAUCCAUUUUGAAACAUUCAAUCAAUUCUAAGAAACGUUCUUGCAUUUAAACGAAAAUUUAAAUUUAGUUAUGUAGGAUUCAGAUUUCUUAGAAAUAUUUAAUAACAAUUUUGAGUAUUCAAUUCAUUUUGUUAAAUAUGCUUACAAUUUGACUGCCUAAUUCAUUAAAUCCUUUUUAUAUGACUAAGUACUUGAGUGCUCAAAUGUGAAGAUUGUAAAUUUUACUUUUCUUUUGGGACAAUUAGCCUAAUAUUUAUAAUAAAUGUCAUUCUCUCCAAAUGAUGUGAAUAAACUCCUUAGUAAUUGUCGUAGUUUCAAGGAGGAUUUCAGAUUAAAAAGAGUUGAAUGUCUAAACUUAAUGGAGAAACUAAUAGUUAAAUACAAUUGA